GCAGGCGGGCGGAGAGGAAGGGAGGGCGAGCCCGUGAAGGGGGCGUGGCCGUGGGCGUGGCCAUUCCCCUCCCCACCCGCUCCGCUGGAGAGGAAGAAGAAAGAGAGGCGGAAGUGCCCGUCCGGAUUUGGGGGCGAUUGCCAAGGCAGGGGCUGCGAGGAAGGAGGAGGAGGGGGCUACCGAGGAGAUUCCCAGGCGCAGGACUCACCCACCCACUCACCCAGUUAGGCCAAUUCCCCCCCUCCACCCCAGAAGACAGGUCCCCCCCUUCAGAGCCCCCCCUUUCAAGCAGAGCCCCCUCCCCAAAAAAUCCCGUUAUUCUGACCCCCCCCAAGACCCCCCUCACCCAUUGGAGGCCCCUGGACCCAGCCCCUGCCCCCCCACCCAUGUGAGGAGCCCCCCUAUAGGCCCACCCCCUUUCCUUCCCACCCAUUUAUUCUCCCCCUUUUAUUUUAUUGCAUGGGCUCCUUUUAAAAUGAAACCUUGGGCCAAAGUGGAGGCUUUUUUAAAUAAAUAAAUCCCUAUUUAUUUUUAUUUUUAUUUUUUUGUCCUGCCUGCUGCUUGCCUGCCUGUCUUGAUGGGUCCCUGAAGCCUCCACAGGCUAGGAAUAGGUAGCUUUCUUGAAAGGGGGGGGGCUUUUAUUUUUAUUUUAUUCUUCUUUUUUCUUCCUCAUGGAGGAAGAAAGUCCUUCCACCCUCCCCAGAGAAACCAUGACCUGAGCUGGGGCCAAAAAUAAAUAAAUAAAUAAAAUCCCAUCCGAGGAUUGGGGAUCUUGCUAAUCUUGGAUGGACGUUUCCCAACAAACCAUGGCAUCAGAAGAGGCCUCGCUCCGAGCCUUGGAGAGCCUGAUGACGGAGUUUUUCCACAACUGCACUACGAACGAGAGAAAGCGUGAAAUCGAGGAGCUUCUGAAUAACUUCGCUCAGCAGGUCGGUGCCUGGAGAUUCUGCCUCUAUUUCCUGUCGAGCACGAGAAAUGAUUAUGUCAUGAUGUACAGUUUAACAGUAUUUGAGAACCUGAUUAACAAGAUGUGGCUUGGGGUCCCAUCUCAGGAUAAAACGGAGGUUCGCAGUUGCCUGCCAAAACUUCUUUUAGCUCACCAUAAAACUUUGCCUUACUUCAUCCGAAACAAACUUUGUAAGGUCAUUGUGGAUAUUGGCCGGCAAGACUGGCCCAUGUUUUAUCAUGACUUCUUCACAAAUAUUUUACAGUUAAUCCAGUCCCCAGUGACAACUCCACUUGGGCUGAUCAUGCUGAAGACCACAUCCGAAGAGCUGGCCUGCCCACGGGAGGACCUCAGCAUCGCACGGAAGGAGGAGCUGCGGAAGCUGCUCCUGGAGCAGGUUCAGAAUGUCCUUGGACUUCUCACAGGUAUUUUGGAGAGCAUUUGGGAUAAAUACAGUGUUACGGCUGCCACCCCACCACCAUCUCCGACGUCCAGAGAAAGUGGCGAUCUCUUGAGUAGCCUAUUGCAGAGUCCCAGUGUGGCCAAAUUACUGAACCAGCCAAUCCCCGUCCUUGACUCAGAGAGCGAAUACGUUUGCUCCCUGGCUUUGGAGUGCCUAGCCCACCUCUUCAGCUGGAUCCCUCUGUCGACCAGUAUCACCCCAUCCCUCCUCACCACCAUCUUCCAUUUCGCCCGCUUCGGCUGCGACACCCGCGGCAGGAAGAUGUCCUCCAUCAACGGCAGCAGCCAGAACGCCUCCUUGAGUCACGAGCGUGGCCAGCUGGGCGUGCUGGCCAUGUCUUGCAUCAACGAACUCAUGUCAAAGAACUGUGUGCCUGUGGAAUUCGAGGAGUACUUACUCCGGAUGUUCCAGCAGACCUUCUACCUCCUCCAGAAGAUCACCAAGGAGAACAACGCCCAUUCGGUGAAGAGCCGGCUAGAACAGCUGGACGAGAGCUACAUAGAGAAGUUUACUGACUUUCUACGCCUUUUUGUGAGUGUCCACUUGAGAAGGAUCGAGUCCUACUCGCAGUUCCCUGUGGUUGAAUUCCUUUCACUGCUGUUCAAAUACACCUUUCAUCAGCCCACGCAUGAAGGUUACUUUUCCUGCUUAGACAUCUGGGCUCUGUUUUUGGACUAUUUGACCAGUAAAAUAAAGAAUCGCUUGGCAGAUAAAGAAGCAGUACUCAACAGGUACGAGGACGCUCUGGUUUUGCUGCUGACCGAAGUACUAAACCGAAUACAGUUCAGGUACAACCAGGCCCAGUUGGAAGAGCUGGACGACGAGACGCUGGAUGAUGAUCAACAGACCGAAUGGCAGCGGUAUCUCCUUCAGAGCUUAGAAGUUGUGGCCAAAGUUAUGGAACUUUUGCCAACUCAUGCCUUCUCUACGCUGUUUCCAGUGCUCCAGGAAAAUCUGGAUGUGUAUCUGGGACUCCAACAGUUCAUUGUCACCUCAGGGACAGGUAAGGUAAACUUUCUGUGUUUGAAGUCUCAGGUCAAUUCAAUGUGACCAAUAUUCAUUAAUAUUAGGAGCCCUGGUGGCACUAUGGUUAAAUUGCAGUAUUGCAGGCAAACUCUGCCAUAACCUGGAGUUCGAUCUUGAGGGGGCUCAACGUUGACUCAGCCUUCCAUCCUUCCGAGGUGGGUAAAAUGAGGACCCAGAUUGUUGGGGGCAAUAUGCUGACUCUGUAAACCACUUAGAGAGGGCUGUAAAAGCACCGAAAAGCGGUAUAUAAGUCUAAGUGCUAUUGCUAUAAGAGUCGGGGCAUUAAAGGGAAAAGAUCUCAGUUGCUGGAAUUUGAAAGAAGCUGAAAACAUAUCUCUCUUGAAAGAGAUCAGGGUCUGGCACAAAAGUACAACUCAGUUAGAAUGUGAUGGGGAAUUUCAACACCCAUUUUCCCAGCUUUGAGAGAGGGCAGGAUUUCAUAUAACAGGGUUAUGUACCAUUCAUCAUUGCUAAAAUACUGGUGCCACUCCUAACAACCCUUUUGUCAGUGGCCAGAAUACGUAGGAUCUGCCUGUUUCCUAUUUCUCCUUUUUGCCAUUUUACCCAUCGCCUUUUCCCCACCGAACUGACAGCUGCGUCAAAUGUACGCCCCUUUCUUGGGGCUAUCCCUGAGAAACUAUCCCUGGCUAUAUCUGAUGAAGGGUAUAUUGUACUCCGCAGAAGAACAUGCAUUCAUAAAUCAGCUUUGAGCUUUUCGUUAUUGCCGUCUCCAUUCCAAGCUAAUAACCAUUUUUAAACAGUCUCCAGAAUUGUUACGGAGACAUAGGAAAGUACAAAAUGAGGUGGUAGCUUGACAUUGAUUGACAAUGGCAUUUUAAAGGAGAGGA